AUGACAGACCGCUACGUCGCCGCUCACCAGUCCCCCGAGGGACCAGGUGACUCUCGCCCUACAGCUCGACAAAUUAUUCUUGAUGAAGGCCUCGAGAACAGGUGGCCGGAAAAAACCAUUCUUAUCACUGGCUGCUCAGCAGGAAUUGGCAAGGAAACCGCUAAAGCACUGUACUCGACCGGCGCGACUCUGUAUCUCACUGCUCGGAAUCUUGCCAAGGCCCGCGUUGCACUAGGGGACAUAGCUCACAGCAACCGAGUCCACCUUCUUCAACUCAACCUGGGAUCUCUUGCCAGUGUCCGCUCGUGUGCCGAGUACUUUCUGUCCAAAAACGAGAAACUUCACAUUCUGAUCUGCAACGCUGGAAUGAUGGACCCCAUGCCUGGGAAAACACACGACGGCUUCGAGGUCCAUUUCGGCACCAAUCAUCUUUCACACUUUCUCCUCUUCAACCUACUGAAGCCUGCACUGCAGUCUGCAGCAUCGCCAGACUUUGCCUCCCGCGUUAUCAUAGUCUCCUCCGUUGCCCACCGAUUCUUCAAUUUCAACCUCGAAGACGUCGAGAAAGAGACAUUCAACGGCAUGAUAGCAUACGGCGGAAGCAAGCUCUGUAACUCUUGGACAGCCAACGAGAUUGAGCGACGAUUCGGGCAGGAUGGAAUUCAUGCUUGGAGCGUUCAUCCAGGCUCGGUAUCGACAGAGCUUGCGCGGAACCUCCCAGAGGAUGAACGCAAUGUUCAACAAACCAACCCAAUCAUGAGGAAGAUAACCAAGACUUCAGAGCAGGGUGCAUCUACUGUAGUCUGGGGAGCUACUGCUUCAGCUCUGGAGGGGAAGGGUGGAGGAUAUCUCGAGGACGCACAGAUUUCGGAAGAAUGGGAUCCUGCCGCGGGGCAAUUCAGCAAUGGCUACAGCUCUCAGUGUCUGGACGCUUCCAAGGCCGAAGAGAUGUGGAGAAGAUCACUACAUUGGGUUGGCCUCGAAAGCUCCUAG